UACUUACUUUUAACUCUAUUUGCACCUCUUAUUUUUUUUCAUUCAAACAACAAUUUAUUCAUUUACUUACACCCCACCAAAUUACACUCUCUAUAAUUUAUCUCUCAACUUUCACCACUCAAAUUUGCAUCCAUUGUUACCAAACAUAGUGUAAGAGUCUCCCUUUAGAGUCUUACCCUUUUCAUUAUGUUCACUGAAGCCCUAAUUCCUAUGAUUACAAGGGGCAGCGUGCGACACAAGGCAACUCUCCAUUCCCUAGCAGUCUCCCUCCCUCGCUUCAACCCUAAUGCUUCACAGGAAACCGUAAUUCCUACCGCCCACCGCCGCCAUGUCUCUUGCUCUACCAAGGCUAGUUUUCUCGCCGGCGGCAAUUAAUUUCCAUCUCUUGCACCAUCCGCCCGACAACCCACCAACCCAUUCCCCUACCCUCGGCGGCGGCGGCGGAAUUAGGGUUCGCCGCGGAGCAGAUCAUCAUGCACUCGAUUCCAGCUUCGAUCUCAAUCUGUGUCUCGACGAAUCAAUCCCAUUCGACCCAAAGCAAUCCACGCAGAAUCGCUGCCGGAACACAGGGAAAAGAGUAAUAUCCCCCCGGACCAAUUUCGGAAGAACAAGUUUCGCUACGGCGGCGGCGGCAGCGGCAGGGUCGGACCACGGCGAGGGAGACGGCGGCGCCGCCGACAGAGGAGGCAGCCGGAGUUCCGCCGGCGACGGCCUGUUCUCCAUAGCAGCUCAGUGCUUAUUGUGGUCGUAUUUACUUAUAUUAGUAGGACAGAUGCCGGUGCUGACAUUCAGUUCCUCUGUUAAUCUCUACCCCUCCGAGUUGAUACUUGUGAAGUUAUUCCUGACCAUUUGGCUUUCAAGUGAUUUUCAUGGCAGCUGUGAUAUUCAUCAAGGCAUGCCUCUAUAUUGUUGUGGCGGCUCUGCCGGUGUCUCUGGCGGCGGUGGACUUCCCGUCCGCUUCCCCCAAGCGGUGGCUCAGAUCAGUAGGGAGGUCUCCAGUGAUGACGACCAAGGGGAAUGAAACAAGAAGAAAAAUUGUGCAAACAC